AUGUUAUCUGUGGUACCACAAUUUAUACAGCAAAAUUUGAACCUAACUAAUAUGUUUUUCACUUCAAUUAUUAUUGUACUAGCUACUAUAUAUUUUGUGGUAUUAUUAUUCUCCCAUAAUCCUAGAGAACCCUUUUCAGAGGAAUUGGAAUACUUGACCAUUGAUGAGAAGGGUAAACAUGUAAGAAAGCCUUUAAGUAAUACUUCAGAUGAACAGAAAAACAAAGAUAUCCUUCUAUCAGUCGUGGUACCAAGUUAUAAUGAAACCAAAAGAAUUGGUAAAAUGUUGGAGGAUGCUAUUAACUACUUAAAUGAACAUUUACCUAACAAAUGGGAAAUUAUUAUUGUUGAUGAUGGUUCUUCCGAUGAUACUUCGAAUUUUUGUUUAAAAUUAUCACAAGAAAAAUUCAAUUUAAAACCAGAACAAUUAAAAGUUAUCAAAUUUAUUCAAAACAGAGGUAAAGGUGGUGCUGUGAAACAAGGUUUAUUACAUGUCGAAGGUACCUAUGCUUUAUUUGCUGAUGCUGAUGGUGCAAGUCAAUUUGCAAGUGUUUCUAAAUUAAUUAAUGAAAUGGAAAAAAUUGAAAAAAUUGAAAAACAUACAAGAACGAAUCUCUCAGAGAAACCCGCUGUAGUAAUUGGUUCAAGAGCACAUAUGGUUAGUACUGAUGCUGUUGUAAAGAGAUCAUUUAUUAGAAACUUAUUGAUGUAUGGGUUCCAUGGAUUUGUUUACGUUUUUGGUGUUAAAUCAAUUAGAGAUACUCAAUGUGGGUUUAAAUUAUUCAAUAGAGUCGCAAUCAAUGAAAUUAUCCCAUUUAUGCAUACUGAAGGUUGGAUUUUUGAUGUAGAAAUCCUCAUGUUAGCGAUGAAGAAAAAAAUCCCUAUCAUUGAAGUACCGAUUACUUGGCAUGAAGUUGAUGGUUCCAAAAUGGCUUUAGCUAGAGAUAGUAUCAACAUGGCAAAGGAUUUGAUAGUGAUUAGAUUAGCCUAUUUAUUUGGUAUUUAUAAGGAUAAAAAUGUAAUCUAA